GCGGGCUGCGCGAAGACGGCGAGGCGGCGCUGGGGGGCUGGCUCGGGCGGCAGCGUCGGCAGCUGCGGAUGGGAGCGGGCCGGCUUGGCGCGCCUAUGGAGCGCCAGGGCAGGGCUGCCGCCACCUCAGCCGCGGCCGGCGAGUCGGCGUCCGCUGAUGCCGAAGCGCGGAGGCGGGAGCCGCUCAGGCGCCGGGCGAGUAGCGCGGCGCCGCCGGGGUUCGGGGCGGCGGAGGGCGUGAGACGGGAACGGCCUGGCUCCCUCAGCGGCACCGCCUCGGUCGUCCCCCCGCGCGGCGAGGGCCUCCGGAAGAGGCGGCCGCAUUUUCCAUGGUUUGGCUUGGAUAUUGGUGGAACCCUAGUAAAGCUGGUUUAUUUCGAACCUAAAGACAUCACUGCUGAAGAAGAAAAGGAGGAAGUGGAGAGUCUGAAAAGCAUUCGCAAGUACCUGACCUCCAAUGUGGCUUAUGGAUCCACAGGAAUCCGGGACGUGCACCUUGAGCUGAAGGACCUGACUCUGUGUGGACGCAAAGGCAAUCUGCACUUUAUACGCUUUCCCACUCAUGACAUGCCUGCUUUUAUUCAAAUGGGCAAAGAUAAAAACUUCUCGAGUCUCCACACUGUCUUUUGUGCCACUGGAGGCGGAUCAUACAAAUUUGAGCAGGAUUUUCUCACAAUAGGCGACCUUCAACUUCACAAAUUGGAUGAAUUGGAUUGCUUAAUAAAAGGAAUUUUGUACAUUGACUCAGUUGGAUUCAAUGGACGGUCACAGUGCUAUUAUUUUGAAAAUCCUGCUGAUUCUGAAAAAUGUCAGAAGUUACCAUUUGAUUUGAAAAAUCCAUACCCUCUGCUUCUGGUGAACAUCGGCUCAGGUGUUAGCAUCUUAGCAGUGUAUUCCAAAGAUAAUUAUAGGAGGGUCACAGGCACCAGUCUUGGAGGAGGAACUUUCUUUGGUCUCUGCUGUCUUCUUACUGGCUGUAGCACUUUUGAAGAAGCUCUUGAGAUGGCGUCUCGUGGGGAUAGCACCAAAGUGGACAAAUUAGUUCGAGACAUUUAUGGAGGAGAUUAUGAAAGGUUUGGAUUGCCAGGAUGGGCUGUGGCUUCAAGUUUUGGAAACAUGAUGAGCAAGGAGAAGAGAGAAGCUGCCAGUAAGGAGGACCUCGCCAGAGCAACUUUGAUCACCAUCACCAACAACAUUGGCUCCAUAGCAAGAAUGUGUGCCCUUAACGAAAACAUUAACCAGGUCGUAUUUGUCGGCAAUUUCCUGAGAGUCAACACAAUCGCCAUGCGACUUCUGGCAUAUGCUCUGGAUUACUGGUCCAAGGGACAGCUGAAAGCACUGUUUUCGGAGCACGAGGGUUAUUUUGGAGCCGUUGGUGCACUCCUUGAGCUAUUGAAGAUACCCUGACUGCUACUCGGAGGACUUCCUGAAACCUACCACAGGGGCAUCUAUGGACUUUUUUUCUUUUUCUUUUUAAGAGACGUUUUAUGAUCGUGUACUACCCAAAUCAGAGCAAGAAACAAAUGUAUUUUUCUAAGUCAUCAAGAUAAAUUCUUAAAAUUCUAUCUAAUCUAGCAAUCAGUAAAGAAUUUUUUUCUUUCCCUGUGUAGACAGUAUGAAGAUUUGCUACUUAUAAGCUGCUGUUAUAGGUGGUAGCACAUGCCUUUAAUCCCAGCACUUGGGAGGCAGAGGCAGGUGGAUCUUUGUGAGUUCAAGGCCAACCUGGUCUACAAGAGCUAGUUCCAGGACAGGCUCCAAAGCUAGAGAAACCCUGUCUCAAAAACAAAACAACACAACAACAACAAAAUAAGCUGCUGUUCUUCAGAUUAGCACUGUUAACUCCAAGGUGCUUUGAACUCCCAAUAUCAGCUGCUAUGUAUGCAGUGGAGAGCUGUCUGUACUUCUGGCAGCAGGUGACUGCUUGUCCUGGUGAAAUGUGUGUUAGAAUCUAACCAGUUUUAUCAGGAUGCCUUUGGAGAUAGUCUUCUGUGCACACUCUGACUCAUGUUUAGCCUCUAUGUUAACAUACUGAAAAUGGUUUAUUUAAGGUUCUACAAAGUGGGUUUUUGUUCUGCACCCAAUGCUCAUGAAUUUUAGAAGGGCACUUCCUGUUCUUUAUACUCUUAACCCUUAGGUCUAUGUGGAAAGACAAGACUUCUGGUAGAAUUCUCUUGGGCAGGUGAUUGGGGGACCUGAUGAAAGUGGGUGAGCUAGGUAAAAAAGAAGUGCAGAUGGGCAGGGAGAGUGCUUAUCCUUUCAUACUGAGUGCAGAGGAGGAACAGUUUAUUGAAUAACUUGUGUUCUUCAGCAUGUGGGGUUCUUGUGGGGAGAUGACUCAGAAAACUGUUGAAAUAGUUAAUAAUAACACUCUUGAUAGGGACUGGGCCUUUCUUCCAUGUAGAAUAAUUUAAGAAGCUUUCCCUGCUUUCAUAUUGUACAAACUAAGAGAGGUCUACAUUGUAGCUGAAGGCAAGGAAGGGCCUGUUCACAGUAGCCUUGCUGCUGGAACGGAUACCUCAGGCUCUGGUUAGGAGUAUGUUUCUGCCAUUCUCAGCUAUGGGUUCUGAUGCCAGCUUUUGGGCAACAGAAGGCUCUUGGUGGUUUGGACCAUGGUAACUCAGGGGAUGGACUUGACUGGCUGGCUACCCUGCUUGAUGAUUCCCAGUUCCCAGAGGGACAGCUGCCUUUUAACAGGGGCUUUGGCCCAUUGGACUUCUGGUGCCAUUGGGCUGGGGCCUUAUACAGCAUAGUACAUGGGGCUCCAGGGAUGGCUAAGACUCCUCAAAACUGACUCUCCAUCUACUACUAGUACCAGGAAGUUUUUCUGUUCAUAGCAGGGUUCUGUUUCCCUACCACCUCCUUGAGUGACUCCUGUGAACUUUACUACUCUGGGCUGGCUUACUAAACACCUGAGCUGGCUUACUAAACAUCCUGGCUAUUUGACCGUUUUGACCAGUUAGUGCUUUGUAUUCAUAAUUAUUGUCUUAAGAAACUAGCUCAGCACUUGGGAGGCAGAGGCAGGAGGAUCUCUUUGGUGAGUUCAAGGCCAGCCUGGUCUACAAGAGCUAGUUCCAGGGGAGGAUCCAAAGCUACAGAGAGAACCUGUCUUAAAAAAACCAAAAGAAACUAGCUCAGAAAAGCAAGCCUCAAGGUCACACAGCAGUGGUACUGUUCUGCACUUCCCAUUACUGGUCUGUUCUCUUUCCUCAUUGUGUUCAGCCCAGUGUCACUCCGUGAAGGGUUCUUUUAUUUUUUUGAGGCAGUGUCUCCUGUAGUCCAGGCUAACCUCAAACUUGCAAUACUGCAGUAUAGCUGAGGCUGGUUUUGAACUGCUGAUCUAGUUGCUUCCACAUCUGAUGUGCUGGGAUUACAGGUGUGCACCACUAGUAUAACUCCAUUGUAAAAGGUGUUUUCAGAGCCUCAUCUUAUCAGUUCCAACCCGCUUCCCUAGCAGCUGUGGUCCCAGCACUAUCUGCAGAAAUGUACACAUCACAUUUUAUGGCCACCUGACCUGUGAACUGCAUCCAGUGGCUGUUGGAAGCAUCUUGUCUUCUCUGUCCAGUUCAGGUAGUUUCUUUGGUGACCAAAAGUUCCAUCUCAUUCCUCCACUCAGGUAGAAAGGAGGGUUUGUAGUCAUGGAGCACAGAGAAAGUAGCCUGAACUGAAAUGGAAGAUGGGAGAAGCCCCAAUGGCUGGAUGUAUGUAGGUGAGCCAGGAGGUGCUGAGGGUUGGUUUCAGAGUACCUGGUUUUGAUAAUCCCCAGAGCAUGAGGGCAUUUGAAGAGACCAAGUAGAGGAUGUGAAUAUAGGUGGGAAUGUGAGGAGUCGGUGAAUCCCCAGAACAUGAGAAAAAUGUAGAGAUGAGUAGUGAAGGAACAGGCUGUAGGGAAAAUAACCUGAGGUACAAGGUCCUGGGGGUCAGAGAGCAAAGUGCUCAACAGGUACUUGAUAGAAGGCAUAGAAGGGUUGGUUGCAAGGUUGCUGUGGUGAAGCCAUGGGCUGGAGCUGGGCAGCAGAGAGCUGCUCACUGCCUUGUGUUAGCAGAGGAAAGCAGCUACGUUUACAGAACUUUGAGUGUUAAGGUUGGGGCAAGUACUAGGAGUGUUGCGUACUAUCCAAGGACAAAGCUAUACAUCAAGUCACCCCGAGUGACAGUCACAGUAGGGAUGGAUGGUGUGGUCCGGCUUCUUGCUGUCACCGAGGCCUGAUGUGUUUUCCCCACCUUACUCCAUGUUGAAGGAGGACAGGUCAGAGGUUGUUCAGUCUAUCCGUUUCAUGCCCACCAGUGCAUAAGUUGACAGGUACAUAUUACAAAGUAUUUCAAAAUCUGCCCUUUAUUUACAUGUGUUUGGGUCAAUUACAUGCAUGUUUUAUUUUUUUAACAAGUGAUUAGCAAAAAAUGCAUUAAAGUUUUAAAAUAGCAAUUAAAUAUACAAAAAUAUAGCUUACAAAAACCAAUAUUUAAAAAUAUUCUGCUGCAGAAUUCUUAGUGUACAAACAGUCUAUGAAACCUGAGGCUCAGCAUUUCAUAAACCUUUUUUGAGGGAGUUAUAUCUAAUAAAUAAGCCCCAAGGGGCUAAACUACAAGACUAAAGUGCCACUCCCCUACUUUCCUGGCAAUGACUUGUCAAGAGACCCAGAGGUACCAGUUCCAGGCCAUCACUAGGAAGAUGUCCUGCUUCUCCACAUCAGCCAGGCUGGAGUGGAGUAAGGUGGUGCUGAGGUUUCUACCGUGCAAGUCCCCUUUACACUGGUGGGUCCAUGUUCUUAGCUAUAUCGUGCCUUUGAAACAGCAAGGGUGUUCUCCCUGACCGUGUGAACAAAGGAACUAAGACUGUGGAUACUUGCUUAGUCUAACUAGAAUAAAAGUAUCUUUAAGCAAUUUGAGUUCUAAAGCUGAACUUGAAAACGGGCUAGUGUUUGACUCAAUUAGUGUA